AGGCGGCGCGCGGGGCGGCGCGCGUGCUCUCGGUACCGCGCUCAGUAGAUUGCGUGAGCCGAGUCGCGCUGGUCGCACUCGCUGUACAGUCGCGCGCUCCCGCCACUCGCGACUGCAAACUUCGCUCGCGCUCGUCCCGACACAUGUCCCACACUGAAACCCUGAAAGCGCACGUGACUCAGCCGUCGAGCUGGCCACACACGGUACCGCUUAAAAACUCGUAAAAUCGCGGCACGCGCCUACAAGUCGUAAAAUAAUCGUAAAAAGUAAACACACGUCAACCGGCCUUUAUCGCCGACGAAGCCCAUUAUGACGCUCGAGUGACGUUUAAUAGGCAAUAAAAUUAAUAAAGUUUAAUAUUCACUCUGUCUAUAUUCGGAGUGACUGCGAGGUCGCGUUAUCACGGCGCGUGGGGCCGCAAUGACAUAAGUGUUUUCUAACAGAGUGACGUUAGUGACAGUGACUGUUCACCAUGAACUCUUACUUCGAGCAGGGCGGUUUCUACGGGGCCCACGGAGUGCACCAGGGCGGCGGUGGCGGCGACCAGUACCGUGGCUUUCCCUUGGGCUUGACGUACGCCCAGCCUCACGCCUUGCACCAGCCCAGACCGCAAGACUCGCCUUACGAUGCGUCAGUUGCUGCCGCUUGUAAGCUUUACGCUGGCGAACAGCAGUACGCAAAAGCAGAUUGUUCAAAGGCUGGUGCAGACCAACAGAAUGGGUACGGAGGCAAGGAAGCGUGGGGUUCUGGGCUUGGAGCUUUAGUGCGGCCUGCCGCGUGCACCCCAGAAGCCAGGUACAGCGAGUCGUCGAGUCCAGGACGAGCCCUUCCGUGGGGGAACCAGUGCGGCCUGCCGGGAGCAGCGGCCUCAGCACAGCCAGUCCAGCAUCAACCCAGCAACCACACGUUCUACCCCUGGAUGGCCAUUGCAGAUAGGGUGUUAUUAGGAGCCAACGGCCUAAGAAGACGAGGGAGACAGACGUACACGAGAUAUCAAACGCUAGAAUUAGAAAAGGAAUUCCACACAAACCACUACCUCACGCGGAGGAGACGCAUCGAAAUGGCGCACGCGCUCUGUCUUACGGAGCGGCAAAUAAAAAUAUGGUUCCAGAAUCGAAGGAUGAAGCUUAAGAAGGAGAUUCAGGCGAUAAAAGAAUUAAAUGAGCAGGAGAAGCAGGCACAAGCACAGAAAGCAGCUGCGGCUGCGGCGGCGGCCGCCGCGGCCGCGCAGGGCCACCCCGAGCACUAGGCGCGAGCCGCGAGCCGCGAGCCGCGUGCGUGCGUAGCGCAGUGAUACGAUUGCAAUCCGAACUGUCCCUAUUUUGUGUUUGUAAAUUGUUUGUAAUUAUUUUCGUUAUUUAAGUGUUGUUCGGUUGUUGUGAUUAUUUUUUAAAUCGAUUGUCACGAAUCAGACGUGUUUCUUUGUAUGAGCGUUGAAUAAACUGUUAAUGUUAGUAUAGAAACGGGUCGUAUUAUUUUGUGUUUCGGGUUUUGUUUUUGUUGAUUUAUUGAAUUAUUUACGUAUAUUUUAAUUCGCGCUAUCGUCUUAGAUGUUCGCGUUUGAAAACCAGUGCAAUUUGUAGAAAUCUCUUCCGUGUAUCAUAGUGUAGCUCUAUUGUAGUGAUAUGAUUAUGAGCGACCGUAGCGCUAGCGCCCAUCGUCGUCGGCGAAACGAACUAUAAUUACAUUGUACAAAUUAAUAUGCCUACCAAAGAGACUCGGUCUCGUACCCUUAAAGUUAAAGCUAAGUAAGAAGAGUCAUAAGUUAAAUAAAUUAUGUACCGGAAUAUCGGACUCGUGUGUAGACAGACUAACCGCGCCAUCUAACCUUCAAUACUCUCGCAUAAGUAUAGUGUAAACGUGGUCGUGUUCCUGCAGAUUUCAUAGUCGGUGAAGUUAAACAAAUUGCCAUAAACAUAAGUAGGUAUUAUUUAGCACGUAGCCGUGUAAAUAGUUAGGAAUAUAGUAAUGAAAGUGACGAGUUUGCGAUUGCGCGAGCGCCGUGGAAUGGGCAGAAAAAGACUACGGGAAGAGUGCGGGCAAAGAGAGAGGCAAGGCGGGCGGGGAGAGGGGAGGCGCCGCCGGCCACCGAACAGGACUAGGUAAGUUUUUGUCAAAGUCCGCGGCAUUAUUUAUCGAGUGGAGACGGUUGCGAAAAACUUACUCGUCACCAACCGAUUCCCGACGCCAUUUUUGAAAUCGUCCAAGCGAGACGUCUAUGGAUAGCUGCCUCAAUGUUUUAAUUUACUAAGUCGAGCCUUUUGAUGUUUUCCGACCGCCUCCCUCGGCUAUCGAAAUGUGAACGGUGCUUUCGAUGUGCAAAACCAUAACAUUUUAUUAACAAUCGGAAAGAUAAAAGUCAAAAUGAAAUUAAAAUAACCGUAAAGUACCCUU